AUGUUCAUUGAGACUCGACAAAGUCGAAAAGGAAAACAGCUAGAUGAGGAAACUUCAAGUGUAAUUUCUAAGCUUCAAGAAUCAGUUCAGAAUUCAACUGAAUCUGAGACAUUUAACUCCUUGUUUGGGAAAGAAAAAUCUGGACGAGUUCGUUGCUAUGGAAGAACAAUAACACCUACCAUUCUUAAAAGAAAAGAAGAAAUUCUGGUUAUUAAAAGGCAGCAUAAUGAUGAAGUGGCUGGCAUGAAGAGGGAGAUGGAUGGUAUGAAGGCGCUAUUUAAGACAAUGAUGAAGCAACAAAACCCACAUAUGAGCGACGAGAAGAUCUCUAAUUUGAUGGCAAGUGCUAUGGGUUGUUCCAUUAGUUCUACUGCUGCUCCUGCUGAUCCACAUUCGUCUGCAUCAACUCAUAUUCCGCAUUGCGAACAGGGUGGAGAGGAAGCAGAUUGUGAUGAAGAUAUGGAAGAAGCUUGUGAUGAACAUGAAGAUGUGGAAGAAGUUUGUGCUGAAGAUGUUGAUGAAGAUGUUGAAGAAGAUGUGGAAGAAGAGCAAGGAGAUGAUCAAGAAGAAUAG